CCCGGUCCCGGUCCCGUUCCCGGUCCCGGUCCCGCCAUGUCGGGCCGCUGCUGCCAUGGGCAGACGCCCAGCCGCGACAUCCCGGGCCCCGGCAAGUGCCUCGCCCUGCCCGACGGGGCCCCGCUGCCGCCCGGCGACUACAGCACCACGCCCGGGGGCACCGUGUUCGGGACCACGCCGGGCGGUACCAGGAUUAUUUAUGACCGAAAGUUCUUGAUGGAAUGCCGCAAUUCCCCGGGUGCCAAAACUCCUCCCUCCGACCUUCCCGACAUUCCAGGCGUCACCAGCCCCAGCGUGGAGGAGCUGAAGCUGGAAAACCACCACGUCCAGAACUGUGAGGAGAAAGUGAGCGCAGGUGAGGAAGAGCAGUUUGACAUGGACAUCUGA